GGAUGUGUACUUAGGUUUUUCUGACUCCCAAAACAGCUGUCUAUCCCCUACACCAAGAUGCCUCCCAUGCAAAGAAUAAACACAGAAUAAAGAGAGAUGGUACCCUUUCCUAAAGUAUCUAAGAAAUUAUGAAAAUGGCAUAUUUCCCAGACCAUUCUGUGCUAAGUCGUCUUAUAGCUGUCCUCUUUCUUCAACUGCUUACGAUGAUCUCAGCUCAUUUUACUGUGGUUGCACAUGCUGAGCCUCUCCUGGCCAUGGUGGGAGAAGAUGCCAUAUUACAUUGUCAUCUCUUCCCCAAGAAAAGUGCUGAGCAAAUGGAGGUGAGGUGGUUCCGUUCCCAGUUCUCUCCAGCUGUGUAUGUGUAUAAAAAUGGGAAAGAAAGAGAUGAAGAACAGAUGGAAGAAUAUCGAGGCAGAACAACAUUUGUGAGAGAUAAUAUCAAAGAUGGAAGUGUUGCUCUGAAAAUACACAAUGUCACCGCUUUUGAAAAUGGAAGGUAUCACUGCUAUUUCCAAGAAGGUAGAUCAUAUGAAGAUGCCUUUAUAGACUUGAAAGUGGCAAGUAUGGGCUCAGAUCCCUUCAUUAAAAUUAUAGCUUAUGAAUAUGGAUGGAUACAACUAGAAUGUUCAUCAGCUGGAUGGUACCCACAGCCUUGGGUAGAGUGGAGAAAUCUUCUGGAAGAGACGAUUCCAUCCCUGGAGGAAAGUCUGGCUCCCAGUGAAGACGGGCUGUUUGUUGUGACGUUGUCUGUGAUUAUCACAGAUCACACAGUGGUUAGUGUGUUCUGUUCCAUUCAAAACCCCCUUCUCAGCCAGGAGUUGUUGACAAUGAUGUCUAUACCAGAAACUGUUUGGAUUUCGACUUCCAUGCCCUCUGAGAGCCCCUCCAAGCUCCCAGACCCCAAAUCUCCUGGACCUGAAAAGAUCUCUACCUGGAUAGUUGCGCUUGCUGUGGCCUUGCCUGCUCUUGGACUUUUUGUUGCUUGCAGUAUUUAUUUCAUAUGGAAACGACACAGGAGGAAAAAGAUACUGUUUAUAGAAAAAGAAAUUGAAUGUGAAGGAAAAGAGAGAGAAUAUGAUGAAAAGGGGCAAGAACAUAUGGGAAAAAAGAGAGAAUGCAACCUGACAGGACGGAGAAGGACCCAGUUACAUGCUGCUGAUGUGACUCUGGAUCAAAACACAGCUCAUCCUGAACUGUACCUCUCUCGAGAUUUGAGAAGUGUGAUACGUGGGGACACAAGGCAAGAUCUACCUGACAACCCGGAGAGAUUUGACUGUAGACCCUGCGUCCUUGGCCGUGAGAGCUUCAACUCAGGGAGGCAUUACUGGGAAGUGGAGGUGGCAGAUGUCAUGGUAUGGGCUCUUGGAGUCUGCAGAGAAAAUUCUGAGAGAAAGGGGGAGGGCCUACUGAUACCUCAAAAUGGAUUCUGGGUCAUUGAAUUGUUUGGAAAUAGAUACCAAGCCCUUACCUCCCCUGAUAUUCUUCUCCCUUUGCCUGACCACCUCCACCGGGUAGGAAUUUUCUUGGACUAUGAGGCUGGAGAUGUGUCUUUCUACAAUAUGAUUGACCGAUCCCACAUCUAUACUUGCCCCCAUACCUCUUUCUCUGGACCCCUCAGGCCUUUCUUCAGGCUUGGGUCUGAUGACAACCCUUUGGUCAUCUGCCCAGCAUUCACUGGAGCUGAGGGAGUCACUGUCCCAGAGAGUGGCCUAAUCCUUUAUAGGAGACCCCAUUGACCCAUUGAUGGGGUCAUCCUGAGAAGGAGUUCAUAGGCUUCACCAUUUUUCUGGGGGAAAAAAUAGUUUAAGAAUCACUACCCUAAAACUGUCAAUCCUACAUCUGUUACUUUCACAUCUAAACUAGAAAAAACCAUCUACAUUUGUUGCCUUCACUUUCUCAUCUUCCACUCUGUUCUCAACCCUUUGGUUUAGACCCCAUCAUUCUAUUAAAAUUUCUACCUCCACAGUUAUCAGUGCUCUUUUUGUAAACUCUCUUUCCAAUGUGUUUCUUAUGGAGACUGUUAGAGUCUCUUUAAGAGCAAGAUAAGAACUCAGAUAGUGUUACAGUAACUUUAAGAGCUAAGGAAAGGCAGGCUGACAGUUGGGGGUGACAACUGAAAAACGGUUCCCUUUGUGUGGAGUAAAGGAAAAGGUGGCUGAGUUAUAAACUCCUAGGCACUAGUAGAACAUCAGUGAUUCUUAUUCUCAUCCUCCAGGAUUUCUUGGCCACACAUCCACAAAAGCCCCAGCCAGAUCUUAAUCUUGGGAAGAAGAAGGACUAGCCCCGACCUGUCAGAGAGCCAGCUAACUGUAGAAGGGAAUGAGAAAAGAGCUCCAGUAUCCUAUAGCUCUUUCUUGACACCUUUCAUAUGCAUUUAUCUGGCACCAUUUUUCACUACAACUAUUUGUAUUUGUGUUGCACCACCCCCACCCCCCACCUCGUGUUUCCAUAUUUCUGACAGAUUUAGGAUUUGGAAAUGAGAAAUUAGGAUUCCUGGGAAUUUCCAUUAGCACAAGUUAUCCUAUAAAAACAAUCUUUUUUCUGUGAUAGGGAUAUAAUAUCUAAAAAACUCAUUUAAUAAAUGACAAAUAUUAUGUUUAGUGGUAUUUUCAAAGAACUGUAGCCUUAGCAAAUAUUCAAACACUGGGAAAUGCUAAUGAACAUUAUUGGGUAACAUUGGAAAAUAACAUUCAGAUCUCCUAACAAGGUUAUCAGCAUAAGACAGUAUGAAGUAGAAGACAGAAUCACUGGUCAAAAUUGCCAAUCUAAGGCCUUAUUUUGCUUCUAAAACUUGCUAUGUCUUAGGACACCCCUCAUAAUGGCUUAUAUAAAACAGUGGUAUCAAAAUCAAAUAGAGGGGCAGCUAGGUGGCACUGUGGAUAGAACACCAGCCUUGGAGUCAGGAGGACCUGGUUUCAAACCUGGCCUCAGACACUUGACACUUACUAGCUGUGUGACCCUGGGCAAGUCACUUAACCCCAGUUGCCUCGGAAAAAAAACCAAACAAACAAAAAAAUCAAAUAGAAGCAUAAUGAUUUAGCAAACCACUAAUUGAAAUUAUCUAUGUUGUUGUGAUAUUUUUAUUUACUUUGUUAAAUAUUUCCCAUUAAUCUGAUUUGUAGCCCAGAAGUUUCGCUGGCUGCUUGGGCAAAUGCUCCAGGUUCUUACAUCUCUGAAUUAUGAAGUGUACUAUAGUAUGCUUUAUAUGUGGUAGCAGCAUAUAAAGUAUACUGUGCCUAUAAAUUUAUUAAUAUUUAUUUUAUUUGCAAGAAUGACUCACUACUUGCUAAAGAUGGGGCCACAAACACAUACUUCUGACAGACUGAUUAGAUCAUGACCACUCCUCUCCUACCUUCUCUUCUCUCCAGUUCCUGCCUGGUUCCCAGAAAUGUUGGCCAUAAACUGCGUGUCAGCAUUUCCUGCUCUGGCUUCAACUUGAUAUCAGUUGGUUCCUUCAAACCAAAAACAUCUCUAUAAUGACUGUUAACUGUUGAUUUUUGCAGGGGAUAAAACAGAGAAGUUCAGGCAAAGACAGCCUUAAACGCUGCAGGUUGAACUGUAGAUAAUAGAUCUGCAGUUUCAUGUACUACUCACCCCAAACUUUCUGAACAGUGUUCCCUCACUGGGUAGCUUCAUGUCCUUCCCUCUGUUUUCCAGCUGUCUUUUUAAAGGCAGGUACCUCCAUUCUGCUUGUAUUUGUAUUCCCAGCACUUAGCACGGUGCCUGCCAUACAGUAAGCACUUAAUAAAUUUUGUUGACCUUUUUUAAGCCUUCUACUAAGUAUAUGGAAUUGCCUGUUUUAUUUGGUGUUUAUUAAG